ACUGACAUAAAAGCGAAGAAAUGGCCCAACAAAAAACUGUGCGCGAAUGUAAGGUUUUAAUUAGAAAAAAUCACCAUUCAGUAUGCCGACUGACUGCUGAAGAAAUAGAUAGUAUGCAAACCGAAGUUGCCUCCACGCUACCAAUAACAACGAUAGCUGCAGCAUUGGAAAUGGACGAGAAACUGAAAUGCGAGGAAUUUGCUACUGCAACUAGUAAUAAACAGUUUAUUUUAAAAACAAAGGGAAAUUCAGAUAAUUUACAUGAUGUGCUGAGACAUAUAUACACUGACGAAUUUUUGUUUUUGUGUAACUGGGACGGUAGAGGAGAGAAACAACCCCUAUCGAAAUUUUUACUGGCAUCUAACAUAUUAUAUGAUUCUUUCGUUACUUGUGGACUGGGGAAUUUCGAAAAACAAAUUCGGAAGUCCAUCGAAAUGAGCCACCAUAGGUACAAACAAAAGAAAUACAUGAAGCGAAAAGCUGUGGAGGAAUCGAACGAAUCCAAAUAGAUAAUAAUUAAAAAAAAAAUGUAGUCGGAUUUAAGAAUGUAUAAACAAAAAUGAAUUUUAAUAGUGUAACUAUAAUAGCUUUAAUAUGAAUGUUUAUUUUAAAAAUCUUGUAUAUCUUACUAUGUAAUUAAAUUUUUCUUAAAAAUAUUUAUAAAAAUGAAUUUAAAGUAAUCUAAUGUAAUUAGGAAAAUAUAAUAUUAUAGAUUAUUUUUAGUUUCUUAAACUCAAAAAAUUAUAAUAUAAAAACUAUUAAUGAAAUUAA